CAGAGACAGCUACCUGCAGGUGUUGGUUAUGGCUGCGAUUUCUCAAGCAGCGUAUAGAAGAGCUUCCUCUGUCAUCUGCAGGUUACACUCCACCUAUGUUAGAAAAAUGAGAUAUUUAAAUGAGCUAAAGGAAGAUGACAGCUUUUGUAGACAAGCCCAGACCUCAGGAACUUUCUACCUCUUUCACAAUCUCUCCCCUUUCCUGCAGAAAGCUGGGAUGAAAUAUUUGGUACCACAGCUCAGUGCAGCAGAGAUGAAAAGGAUCCUGGAGAAAUUUGAAGAGACUGGACAGUGGAUAGAGAACUCGGUGCUGAUCGGUUGUUCAGACGAGCAUGUACCACACUUUGCACUGGAUUUAGGUUGGGAUGACUCCUCUUCCGUCUGUGCCCAGUCCCUUCUCCAGUGGCACAAUUCCCACCAGUACUGUAGCAAAACUGGGCAGCCCACUCAGAAAAAUGUGGCCGGCAGCAAGCGUGUCUGCCUUGCCAGUGGAAUAACUUACUAUCCACAGAUGUCUCCGGUGGUUAUCAGCCUGGUGUCUGAUGGGAGCCGAUGUCUCCUCGCACGACAGCCCUCUUUUCCGCAGGGGAUGUUCACCGCUCUGUCAGGCUUCUGUGACCUGGGUGAAAAUGUGGAGGAGACAGUCCGACGAGAAGUGGCUGAAGAGGUAGGCCUGGAGGUGAAGUCACUCCGGUACUCAGCUUCUCAGCACUGGCCCUUUCCCAGCAGCUGCUUAAUGUUCGGUUGUCACGUGUUGGUGGGAGCACAGCAGGCUGAGAUCAGUAUGAACACCCGGGAACUAGAGGAAGCCCGUUGGUUUGGCCUGGAGGAAAUCGUGGAGGGUCUCAAGAGAGACCACAGGUCUUCGAAACAAGACAAUGGCAGUUUUUUACCUUGGUUCCCUCCCAAACAGGCCAUUGCUCACCAGCUGAUCUGCGAGUGGGUUAAGCAGCAAACUUCCCAGCUGGCUUAGGCAGGACUUCAUCAAGUCUGCUAUUCUACUGGAACUAUGAAAGCUAGAUAGAAAAGCUUCCAAAGUUACUGAAGGCAAAGUCUGUGUUACAGUGAGGACAGCACCAGGCUGAUGGCAUCAUUACAUUCAUAGCCCUACAAAGCCAGUUCUUUACUGAUCAUACUCAGACACUUCCAUAUACAGUGGAUCACCUCUGAGGUCCCAUGACAUGCAGUAAAUAUACAAUAAAAUUGUUAGUCCCAAAACAUCAAACUUACCGUGACCCGACGCUGUUGUUGCCCAGCAAGCAACAGAACAGUGAGCCCCUUGAACUGAUGUCCCAUUUUAUCCAUCAACGUACAAUUUUUCCCAGAAAAAUGAGAGAAAGGAUCAGUGACACCUUUCAGUCUUCACAUUUGUAUGGAUCUGGGAAUACUAUCAAAAAAAAACCAGAAAACCACUGCCUGUAUGCUCUCUCCUUCUGUUUCCAUUCCCAUUCAACUUUCCAGUUUCACAUAAAACAUCCUAAUCUUUUCACAAACGUUAAGUGGGCUCCUUCUUCCUCGAGAUACCUGAGCAACUAAAAAUAUCUCGAGGCACCAUUUUCCCCACCAGUAACAGUUGCGUCGAAAGGAAGAGAAAACAGCGGGAUCUGGUGGUAGAGAGGGGAAGAACAAGCCCUACACCUUAGAAGGAGUCAGAUACUGCCAAGGGGAGAGGAGCUGCUGCGAUAAAAGACUGCACUUCUGACAGAGAAAAAUCCUGAAGGGCACAAAGCCUCUUAUGCUGGGCCAAAAGUCUGUGGCUUGCAUGGAGAGCUGGUUUUGUUUGCUGAGGAAACGGUGUCACUUCUCUUGAGGGAGAGCAAUAGCCUGGGCAAGGAAAGCUUAUGAAAGAGACAGGUGGAAGGAUGUUUCACCUGCUCCCAAUUCAGGCUGACAUCUCUUCUGCCUGCUUAGUCAGAAUUCAAAUGCCAAGCUUGCAAAGCCAUCAGUACAGAUAUUUGAAGGGGAAACAGGAAUGUAGCACUGACUGCCACCAUUAGGAUUCAUUGUAGAUGAAAGACCUCUUGAGCAGUGGUAAAAAUCUGGAAUCAUGACCUGAGCAAUAAGUGAAAAAGGCUGUCUUGCACUGUUGAGGCAUGCUUUGUUGCUUCAGAGUUUAUUUUACUGUAAGAGGCUGGGAGGGGAUUCUUUCAAGCCGUGUUGGCGUGUGGAAACACCUUUUCCACCUGCACUCUCUCAGUCAAAAAAAACCUGCGUGCCAGAGCAUGUCUUUCAUAAUUGUGAACUUGAUCUGUCUGUCAUCCUGGUACAAGAGUACUCUGGUACAGCCGAGGGCGUUGCUGCCUUCCCUCCAGCCCAGCCAGACACACCACAGGAGCCCGCACACUCCUGUACUGAACUGCAACGCUCCUGCAUCCAGUUUCCUUUGAAAUAUGUCUUGCUGCCCCUCUUCCACCGCAUCAUUUUAAUUCCUCAGCAUUUACCUCUUCCUCUCUCAUCUCUGGAAUAUGCCAUUCUCAGCCUCACUCCUUUAUUCACCUUCUCUGCAAUAGCAGGUAUUGUGGAGUUAGAUACCCACCAGCAAAAUAUUCCUUCUUCUCAUCCUCUUUCCCACUCCUCCUGAAUGCCAUCCCAGCUCACCUGUAGCAUUCAUGUGCUCCAACCUUGUUUCCAGUGUACAAUGUCCAGAUCAAUGUGCUAAGUGCUUUUUCCAAUCCACACAUUAUCUGUUCUCCCAGAGGCAGAAAAAAGAUGUAAGAAGUAAAAGCAGCAAAAGUGAGUGCCCAGGAGUGAAAGGAGGAAUGGCUGUGUGACUUCUGCAGUAUCAUGAACUGUGUGUGGUUUGGGUUUGUACUUUUGCAGAGUGUGUCUUUGCACACACUUUGACCACAGCUGCAGUGUGAUCAGAUUCAACAUCAGUAAAAAUCCACCUGUGUUUGGGAAAAAAACUGGCUUGCUCUGCUUAUCAAAUCAUGGGGUUUAACAUCAAUAUACAGGCUAUCACAGAGUCCCGACUGAAACAAAGCAAGUCCUGAGCGACACCAGCUCCUUCUGAACUGUCCCUUCUG